CCCUAAGAGUGCAAAAAAAAAUCACAUUUUAAAUGCCUGCUAAAUCCACCAGAAUGCAGCAAAGGUACUGAAACUCACUUGAAAUAUGCUUUGUAACCCUUUUGUAAAUAUACAAAAAAAUAAUUCUCAAUUGCUCUUCUCAAAAGGCCCCUAUGAGUUUUUUAGACGUGUUGCGGACAUUACACUAAAAGUAGACCACUCAUUCUACUAACACAUUUCUAAAGGCUAUUGCCUGUGAUUUGUGCAAACUUCAAAGGGAAUAAGCAGGUAUUCUCUACUCAGGAAUGAUGAAAUAUUAAUAUAGCCAAAAAAUCUGAAAUUAAUUUGAAUUGAAAGCUUUUAUUAAAGAAAAUGUGUGUUGCGGACAUUACACAAAUAUUGUUGCGGACAUUACAUUUUAGGGAUUGUUUACAGUUCAAACUUAUACCAAUGAUUUUGUGAUGGACAAGUAUUCUCAGGUCAGAUGAUUAGAACUGAUUUAGAGCAAAAAUUAUUGUAUGUCAGUCUUAUAAUACCUGAUUUAUUAGGCUACAUGUACAACUACAGGUCUAUCAUAGGGAUAAAAUCAUGAAUCGAGUUUAUAUAAUUCUAAAUCAAGUGAAAAUUGUCUUGAUAUGUCUCAGCAAUGUUUUCUGUUCUCUACUGGUCAGUGGUAUCCCAUUUUGAGCAUGCACACAAUUGGGGAUACUGCUGACCAGUUAUAAUAUAAUCCUUUUCUACACUGCAUAUGACUAAAAGCAUUCACUCGAUGUUCUCUAUGCGUUCAAAUGGCUAAAACUAGUACAGAGAGGUCGCAGAUACGCCGUAGCAAACUGAGAAAGGAUUAUGCAUGGGAUAAAGAAAGAAAACGGGCUGAAAGGGACAGACCAAAAGAAAAGAGUCAGCAGGAAAUUGACCGCAAGAAAAAGGCUAACAGGGCAAACCGUGUAAGGAAAUUCAGGCUGUUACAGAAAGGGAAGAAUGAGGCUAAAGCAAGAACAACCACUAAGAGUAACAAUGAAAAAGCUUACAAAACUCCCCAGGCUUUGGGAAAAGCAGUUGGUAAAGUUAAACACCACUUGCCAAAAAGUCCACGUAAAAGGAAUGCUGUGAUAGUGAAGCUUGCUUUAGUUGCUGGGUUGCCCCAUGAUGCAAAAAAACACAAACGAGCUGGUAAGGGCCUGGAUGAAGAAACCACAGCCAAAGUACAAGCUUUUUAUGUGCUCGACUCCAUCUCACGACAGUCUCAAGGAAGAAAGGACUUUAAAACAUGCCAAGACAGAGGAAAAAAACCGCAAUUCCAGAAAAGACAUCUCUUGUAUUUUUUGAGAGAGGUACAUGCUCUUUUCUUGCAAGCCAACCCAACCACCAAGAUUGGACUGAGUAAAUUCAGCUCUCUGAGGCCUCCACACGUUCUCCUUUCUUGAGAAUUGCCACGAAAUGUCUGCUUGUGCCAGUAUCACGAGAACAUCAAGCUUAUUUGUGACUGUCUCAGUAAACAAAUAACUGAGUUCCCAAGCUAUACAGGAGAUUUUGUAGAUAAUUUUGUCUGCAGUCCAAAUUCAGAGGAAUGCAUGCAUGGGAAAUGCAGCCAAUGUCCCAAAUUCCUAGAUGAGCUUGAGUAUGAUGAUACGACAGUUACAUGGUAUGAGUGGGAGCGCACGACAGUGUCAGUCGCAAAAGAAGGAAAGGAUGGUUCUACUACCACUAUGAAAAAUAUGCAAAAGGUGUGCAAAGAAGGCACAGUUAGUGAUGUUUUGGCAUCACUAGAUAGAAAGCUCCCUUUUUUCCUGCAACAUGUUUUCAUCAAAAGAACACAGUCUGAAUAUUUUGAAGGCAAGCUUGACGAUGUUGGCCCAGAUGAGGCAGUCAUCCAGGUAGAUUUCGCUGAGAAUUACAGCUGCAAGUUUCAGGAUGAGAUUCAGUCAGCUCAUUGGGCCCAGACCAAUGUCACCCUUUUUACUGUGGCUAUUUGGACAAAACCGAAAGAUGCAGAGAGAGUGUGUGAAUCUCAUGUCAUUGUCUCAGAUGAAUUGAAGCAUGACAAGAAUGCAGUCGCAGUGUUUAUGUGGCAGGUAAUCUCUGAUUUUGUUAAGCAGAGACAUCCCGAGGUGACCAAGGUUUACAUCUUCUCUGAUGGACCUAGCUCUCAAUUCAAGAACCGAUUCAUUGUUAGCUUUUUGCACAAACUAGAAGAGGUGGUACAUGUGCAAUGGAAUUUCUUUGCUACCUCUCAUGGCAAGGGGGCAGUAGAUGGAAUUGGUGGAACCAUCAAGAGGCUUGUUUGGAAUGCUGUAAAGUCAAACCGUGACAACAUUGUCUGUGAUGCACAGUCAUUCUUUCAGGUGGCUAGUAGCCAGUCAAAGAAAGUCAAUGUUUCCUUUAUUCCAGAGAAGGAAUUCAAUGAGAGGCUGGAUUUAUUGUGCAUCAAGAAGUACUUCACUGAAUCCCAAGUGAUCCCUGGAAUCUCCAGCUUCCACUGCAUCGAACCUGAUGAAGAUGGAUUUGUCAAUGCCGUCUUUACUCCUCACAAUCAGCAGAGCAAGCAACGGUAGACGUCUUCCCCUUUCCAGUUUCUGAUGACUCUGACGAUAUCGAAGAUGAUGAUUUUGCUGAUCUCCCUAGUGAGGAGAAUAAUCUUGAUAAGCCUGUUACAAAAACUCAGGCUAGCACAUCGAAAGGAACAUGCUGCAGUGAUGAUCUGAUCUUUGUGGAAAAAACUGCAACUUCUAACAGCUGUACUUCAAGCACUUCCAAGGAAACAACCCAACAAUGUGAUGUUCAUAUGGGUUUGCCACAUGGCCUAGACACUUCAACCUUUGUCCCCGUGAUUCCAUAUUCUCUUCCCCAAUAUGCGAUGAAUGAGGUAGAGGCUGUUGUGGGGGAUCUCAUACAGUUUAAUGGGGACCAGCUGAUUGGUCCUGCUGAUAUCAACGCCUUGGUCAACAACUCUGCUCCCCGUUCCCAGGAUAUGUGGUUGACAAAUUUCAUCAUAGAUGCAUACUUCAAGUUAAUUAAGUCAAGGCAAGAGAACAAGAGGGUAAUCCCAAUCUCAUGGGAGGUGUAUGAAAAGCUUAAGGUUUCUGCUAUCUCUACUCGACUCCAAAAAGAGUAUGAAUCUCCCCUCUCCUACGAUCUGAUCCUUGUCCCUUGCAACACACCAAACUCCAACCAUUGGUUCCUUCUUGCAGUCCUACCUCACAUGAAAGCUGUUCUUUUGCUGGAUAGCCGAGCAGUGGACUAUGUCAAGCCCCCAACCCAGAAAGCAAUGAAUAAAAUGGCUUCAGUGCUAAGCGAGCUUGGUGCCAACAUAGAAGAGUGGGGUUUCUUCUUCAACACCAAAGUUGACAUUGCACAGCAAUCAAGCGGCAAUGACUAUGACUGUGGGGGUAUAUACAUGCCUAUAUGCUAGAUGCCUUGCAGACAUUGGUCAUAUGGUGGAGGCCGCUUCCCUUCCUCAGUUUAGGAAUGGCAUUCUCCUUGAGCUUCAAAGGGGAGCACUCCAGCAGAUUCCCUAUCCGACAAUUGAGAGAGAGAAGUACUAUGCUGUCCACUAUCAUUUCAACAGUACAUGCAAAUACUACAUUUGGAGAGUACUAAGUAUGGAAGGUGAAAGAGUGAAGGUCAAAUAUCUUCACAGAGUAGGAGCCAACAGAUUUGAUUGGCCUAUGAGGGAUGACAUUGAUGAUGUUCAUGUAUCCUGCAUUUUCUUUGGGCUAGUUGCUCUCUCGAAUGCAGGACCAUACAUGGUUCCCAUGCUUGCAGACAUUGAGAAGGUCUUCGAUUCUACCCGCUGACAUCUUCAUCUGUACUCACUGAUUUAUGCACAAGAAUGUGACACACGCCACGAAAUGGCUCUUUGAACACUAAUUAAGUUCAUGUUUUAUAGACAUUGCACCAUUUGAGUGUGAUUUUUUUGAAAUUCAUAUUGUGGGAUAACUUAAUGAAACAUUUUAUAUGAUUAUGCAAGAGGAAAUAGAAAUGUAAUGUCCGCAACAAUCUUUUACUGGACCCUACAGAAAAGGGGAGAGUGAUACACUUGAAAUUCUUUCACCCAAACAACAACAUAAACUAGCU